AUACUGUGCUCCUCCAUUUCAUAAACAGAUCACACUACGCAACUAGCAUUAUAUUAUAGCAAAACACACACACACACAAAAACAAAAACAAAAAAAAUUCAAAAUUCAAAAUGAUGGCCACCGCCCCGAGCUAUCCUCCGCCGGCGGCGACGCCCGUCGUCGCCGUCUUGAGCCCGCAGUACUGCGUGGGCCACGCGGUGGAGUUCACCAUCACGCGGAAGAUGAUGACUAUGGAAGCCGGAACCUUCGGAAUCACCGACGCUAACGGCAACAUCGUGUUCAAGGUCAAAGGAAAAUUCCUCAGCCUCCACGACCGCCGCGUCUUGCUCGACGCCGCCGGCAACCCCAUUAUCACGUUCCAGCAGAAGAUGAUGACGGCGCAUAGGAGAUGGCAGGCAUUCAGAGGAGAGAGCACGGAUCCGAAAGAUAUGAUUUUUAGUGUGAGAAAGUCGAAGAUGAUGAUGAUGAUGAAGACGAAGCUAAGUGUGUUCAUGGCUGCCAAUGUGGGAGAGGAGCACUCUGAUUUCAGAAUCCAAGGCAACUGGUGGGAGACCGCCUGCAACAUUUAUGUUGGAGAUACUGAUAAUAUCGUUGCUCAAAUGCAUAGGAAACAUAGUGCCCAAAGCAUUUUGCUUGGAAAAGACACUUUUUGUGUGACGAUUUAUCCAAAUGUUGAUCAUGCCUUCAUCGUCGCUCUUGUGGUGAUUCUUGAGGAAAUUAACCAAGAUAGACGCGCUUCUUGAACUGUGGUGAUCUUGUUUUGAGAUGUAAUAAUUUGUUUGAACUUUAAUUUAUGUUAGUAUCGUAAUUACGAUUUGUGAAUAGUGAUGAGAUUUGAUCA